GCCUUCUCCUCCUUGCUGAACAAGGUGCACCUCCGACCCGCCGCCAUGUCCUGCUACGAUCUGUGCCGUCCCUGUGGCCCAACCCCGCUUGCCAACAGCUGCAACGAGCCCUGCGUCAGGCAGUGCCAGGACUCCCGCGUGGUGAUCCAGCCCUCUCCCGUGGUGGUGACCCUGCCCGGCCCCAUCCUCAGCUCCUUCCCCCAGAACACCGCCGUGGGAUCCUCAGCAUCUGCUGCUGUUGGCAACAUCCUGAGUGCUGAGGGAGUGCCCAUCAACUCCGGGGGCUUUGGCCUCUCUUGCAUUGGUGGCCGCUCCUACAGCAGAAGGUGCCUGCCCUGCUAG